CGAGUACACGCUUCCCUUGAGAGAAAUUCGAUACGAGUGAGUCAACCUUGGCCGAAGCCGCCGGCCAGUGGCACCCUUAUUUGCCAUUUCAUUUCCACAAAAAAGAGAAGAUACAGAGCGUUGAUAAGAACAAGUCUCCAUCUAUAUACACACACAGGGGCUGACCUGAGAUCCAACUGAACACACACUAUGUCGAGAAAACUCUCUUCGCACCUCCGAACCCUACACCUACUUCGAUCUACUCCCAAAACCAAUUCAUUCGCCGCCGCCGCCGCCGCCACCACCUCCGUAUCUUCUUCUCAAUCUCCGGCAGCCUUCCGUUCGUCGGUCACUUUCUUCCCUCGCCACUUCAGUACCGUAUCAGAGAAUGUUGUUAAGAAAGUGGAGGAUGUAAUGCCGAUUGCAACUGGUCAUGAGCGUGAGGAGCUUGAAGCUGAGCUCCAAGGAAGGGAUAUUCUUGACAUUAACUUUCCUGAAGGUCCUUUUGGUACAAAGGAAGCGCCUGCUGUUGUCAAAUCCUACUAUGAUAGAAGAGUUGUAGGAUGCCCUGGAGAUGAAGGAGAAGAUGAGCAUGAUGUUGUUUGGUUCUGGCUCGAGAAGGGCAAGCCACAUGAAUGCCCAGUAUGCUCACAGUAUUUUGUGUUGGAAGUGGUUGGACCUGGAGGACCUCCUGAUGGACAUGGCAGUGAUGAUGAGGGUCAUCAUUGAUAGUCCGUCUUGCAAUUUUUUGUCGGAAUAAAUUUGGUUGAGACAAUGAGAGAUUACUCGUUUUAUAAACUGAUGAUUCAAAGCUGUGUUCUUUCUUUGCCUUUACUGGAUUAUUGUUCUUAUGCUUGCUGUGGUAGCACUGAAGUUGAAUAUUUUUGCUUAUAUAUUUUAUACAAUUGACAUGUAUGUCGUGGUCUACUUGAAAUAUAGACCCAGUUUCUUCCAAAUGCAUAGUUCAAUAAUCAA